CUCAAACAAGACUUAUGUGAAUCUGGUUUCAGUAACAUUACUGUGGAGGAAUAUUAUCAGCUGCAGCCUUUAGAAAUCAUCAAUAAGAGAGAGGCACAAUGGGAAGCUGGAGCCCACCAGGAGGUGUUGCCUCAAGUGACCUUCAUAUUUUGCUGGUUGGUCCCAGACGUACAGGCAAGAGCUCAUCUGGUAACACCCUGCUGGGCCGGGGGCAGGUCUUUGAAACCAGAGGAGGCGGGGCCAACACAGCUGCCAGCGCCGUCACCAAUGGACGUCACAUCACAGUGGUGGAUGCACAAGGUUGGGGUUCAUCUGAGGAAUUUGUGCCCCGAGAGGAGAAAAUUGAACUGCAGAGAGCGUUUUCUCUCUGUGGACUCGGAGGACCUCACGUUGUUCUGUUAGUGAUCCCUCUGCUGGACUUUACUGAGCCUGAGAGGAGAGCGGUGGAGGGGAGGAUGGAGAUCAUGACCUCUGCAGUGUGGAGACACACCAUGGUGUUGUUCACAUGCGCAGACUGGCUGAAGAGACGGGGGUGCAGCGUGGAGGAGCACAUCAAAUCAGGAGGCCCUGCCUUGCGUUGGCUGAUGGAGAAGUGUUGCUACAGAUAUCACGUGUUUGAUAACAAGGCAGCCGUCAUUGGCAAGCAGGAGCAAAGGAAGCAGGAGGUGAAAGGAGGUGGGAAGAAACAGGAAGGGACUUGGCGGAAGAAAAGUGACAAGAGGGCCGAAAGGAAGUGCAGAGGAGGUGAGGCAGAUGGGAGAAAGGGAGGAGAGCAGGAGCAGGUGAGAGAGCUGCUGCGUAAAGUGGAGGACAUGUUGCAGGAGAACGGUGGGUGGCACUUCUCCCUUCACAUGUACCGAAGGCUGGAUGAGGAAUGGAGCCGGAGGGAGCAGAAGCUGAGAGCUCGACUGGAGGCAGAGACAGAUGCGGGGAGCGAGAGGAGACAACAAAAGACAGCGGAGACGAAGAUAAACAUGGAGCCACAGCAAAAGCAGGGGUUAGAGACAGAAGAAGAAGAAGAGCAGGGAGAUAGCCUGAGGAAAGAGCAAGAGAACAAGGAGGAAUGUGCAGAGAGGAAGAUAAAUAGAGGGGAGGAUGAAGAGGAGAGAGCCAAGGUAGAGCUUAAGACACUGAGCAGUGAGGAGGACGCGUGGGAUACAAGCUCUGACAACGGAGGAGGAAGUGAGGAGAGCACCGAAGCAAAAACUGGAAUGAUGGCUCCAUGUCAGCCUAAUGGGGGUUAAAGGUCGGCCUUUAGUCCUAUCAGAUGGCUUGCCUGAAGUUACUAUGAUCACAAUCACUGUUUUUGGUCCAGCUGGACAGCUUGGCUGACACUGCCAGUGACUCCUCCUGAGAGUGGAAACAAUUUUCUCUUUUGACUCUCAGCUAGAAAGUGAAUAUUUCCCUAAAUCUCAAACUCUUCCUUUAAAGAUACAGAUGGUGACUUUUAUUUAAAAAAAAAAAAAGCUUUUAGUCAUAUUUGCUGUACAUCGAAAAAAUCAGUUUCUUCCUCCCACUCCUUGAGCUUCUAAAGGCUCAAACACCAUUCUGACAUCAAAGAACUUGUGGCAACGCAGGCUGUUGUGCCACCUUGUGUCGCCUGUGUCUCAGCCAAAAAGUUGCAUUUGCACAUCCCGCAAAGCUAACAGCUAACAUGCAUGUACACUAUGCACCUGGGUGAUAGGAAAUAACAAUACCAGCAGCUAGCAGUCGUCUUUCAAACGUCUGUCAAAAUGGGAAACCUGAAGACCAACGGGACGGAUUCAAGAGCUCAAUGGCUAUGAUCUCACACCCCCUUCACUUUGGCUGUUUGUUUCCUUCCCUCAGAGCUAAAAUUUCAAUCUGAGUGAUUUCACUCGCUGACAGGCUCAGCCAGCUUCGAUGCCGAUUCAACAUGCUGAAGCGGGUGCCAACAGUGUGAUACACGCCACAAAAUCUAGGGCGACAGACGCUCAUCAACAGCCUGACAUUGACUGAUGGCUGACCGUCGGCUGACCAUCGGCUUUAUGUGUCAGGCCCUACCGGCAUUUGCUAGAAUCUACCGCAGCUCACGGAAAACAAAUGUAAUCAAAUAUGAAUUAAGACUGCAUUGCUUAUUUCUCACCUCAAAUAUUUUCAGGAACAUUUGUUGUUGUACUGUUUCGCUAUAAAAUGAGACAGUUUGCUUGGUUUUUGGCUUGAGUGUUUCCAACAUGGGUCAUAAACCUUCUCAUUUUACAGCUAAACAGUAGACUAAAAUAUGUUUCUGAAAACAUCCGAGGGAAGAAAAAAGCAAUGCAGCUACAGAAUCUUGAUUCAUAUUGAUUUAACAGCUGUCUUAGAGAUUCCUCUGCUCUGAUUGGUUGUUACGUUAUGUGUGGUAGUGCCAUUACAGCACUAAGAGAAGACAGAGAAACAUUAUUUGUUUUCACAGAUCAUCUGUCUCAUGUACUUUUGUGUGUGGAUAUUGUGACAGUUCCAGCAAAUAUUUUAAAAAGUUAUUUUUUAAUAAAAGUUACCCACUGUAGCGUUAAUGUACAGAAAGGACUGAUACAUCACUUUAUGUAAAGCUAUUUCAUGUUUCUCAUCCAUACUUUUAUGUCAUGUGCUGCCAACUUUUGAAACCGUUUAAAACUCCCAUUAGGCUCCAUCUAACAAUAAAUUAUUCAUGUGCACUGCAUGAUAAAUGAAAUCCUUUUCUGCUCAAAGCCUUGUGGUUGGAAUCGUUACCACGCUGCUCUGUGGUGAAUCUAUUGUUGGUCACAUGUUCAGUUCCCAUGCAGGUUUGUAAUUACAAAGCCUCUCAUAGACAGGACUGCUUAAAUUGUAUUGGUUUCGCUUCUAAAAUUAUCAGGAAUGUGAGACGUGUCAUCUCAGACG